CUAACCAGAAGUAGAGCUGGAGCAAAGUACAUUUGUCACAAACUAAACAGGCAACAAACUACUUGCAUCCGACAGGUGUGCCAUUUAGUGUUCGUGUAGGAAGAUGCCAGCGGUCAUAGUCGUGCACGGCGGAGCGUGGGCCAUUCCCGAUGACCUCGCCAAGGUGAAAAUGGAUGGAGUGAAGGCAGCAGCACGUCAAGGCUUUGCUGUGCUGCAAAAAGCAGGCAGCGCCCUGGAUGCUGUCGAGUUGGCCGUGCGGGCCUUGGAAGAUAACCAUGUGUUCAAUGCAGGUCACGGAGCAGCUUUAAACACAAACGGAGAAGUGGAGCUGGACGCCAUCAUCAUGGAUGGAAAGACGCUGGCUUGUGGUGCGGUGUCAUCAGUGAAGAACAUCGCCAACCCUGUUACUUUGGCACGCGCAGUGAUGGAGAAGACUGACCACGUCAUGUUGACCGACAGCGGCGCAAACCUGUUUGCAGAGAGCAUCGGCAUGGCCACGGUUCCCACCGAUACGUUGGUGUCCAAUUACGAGAGAAAAGAAUGGGAGAAGCACAAGAAAUAUGUGACAGGUGUAAUGGAAAGCUUCAACUCUCGCUGGGCCCAUGAUACUGUCGGUGCUGUUGCUGUGGACUGCUCUGGAAAUGUGGCCUGUGCCACAUCCACUGGAGGCAUCCGAAAUAAAAUGGUCGGCAGAGUUGGCGAUUCCCCCGUCAUCGGCUGUGGCGGAUAUGCAGACAACUUGAGUGGUGCAGUAUCUUGUACCGGCCAUGGAGAGUCCAUCCUGAGAGUCACACUGGCCAAACACAUCCUUUCUCACAUUGAACAAGGUAAAUCCGUGGCCCAGGCGUGUGACAUGUCACUGCAGUACAUGGGAGAGCGGGUGCGUGGCGCUGGCGGGGUCAUCGUUGUUUCUCCAACGGGUCAGUGGGCAUCAGCGUUUACCACAGAGCGAAUGGCUUGGGCCGCUGUGGAUAAUAAUGUUCUGUACUAUGGAUUAGAACCCAUUGAAAAACUGAAAGAAUAACACUUUUUUACUUUGCUUACAUGUCAUGCAAUAGAGAUCUAUGUUUUCUAUAUGUAUUUCUCCAAUUGUAGACACAUUUUAAACAUUUGUUUUAACUAUCUUGUGAAAUCACAACUUUGUUUUUACUAAGUUAGACUGAUUUGAGAGCAUAUGUUGUAGUUGAGCAAUAAGUUAACGUAUUAAUUAUGCUAUUUGCAGCAAAAAGCAUUACAUUAGAUUACAACUGAAAUGAUCAGUAACAAUUAAUGGAUUAAAUGGUGCGGUAUAGCUCGGUUGGUAGAGUGGCCGUGGCAGCAACUUGAGGGUUGUAGGUUCGAUCCCCGCUUCCGCCAUCCUAGUCACUGCCGUUGUGUCCUUGGGCAAGACACUUUACCCACCUGCUCCCAGUGCCACCCACACUGGUUUAAAUGUAACUUAGAUAUUGGUUUUCACAAUGUAAAGUGCUUUGAGUCACUUGAGAAAAAGCGCUAUAAUAAAUGUAAUUCAAUUAAAAAAAUUAAAAGUAAAAAAAAUCAGUGGUUCUCAAACUUUUUUCAACAAGUACCACCUCAGAAAACACUUGGCUCUUCAAGUAUGUAU